ACAUCGUUAUCACUUGUACCUAAUUUCUUGCAAUGUUCCAGGGCGGCCCUAGGGCGGUGCGAACGGUGGGAUCUCACCGGGCGCCGUUUUUGGGGGGGAGGGGGCCCCAAAAUCAGCCAAGACGGGACCAGCCUGACUGGCAGCCCUGGAUCAAUAGAGGAGUAAUUGGAUUAGGCAUACCUGCCCUGUGAAUUAGACCUCUUAGCAGCCCAAUAAAACCCAUACAUUUAAUGGGAUACAUACAUAAACUCACGUCUAUUUCCCACCAGGGUUGCCGAGUGGAUGUCACCGAUACAGGAUCAACUUAGGUUAAAAGCAGCAUCAGCGAGACGAGAAAUGGACGACGAAGAGGUAGGCAAGAUGGUGGAGAUAAACCGGGAGUCUACAGAACAGCAGCUGCCGGUGUUCAAAGUGAGUCAGACCAAGGUGCAGAGCACAGCUACGUUGAAGAGCAAGCUUGAAGACACGUUGUCACGAGCGGAAGACUUGAUAGAGAAGCUACAAUUGCAGAUAUCCGCUGUCGAGAAGAGGGAGAAGACGCUCAAAGAAGCUAUCGUCAAUGGCAGGGCCGGGGUGACAUCAGUGACAGUAUCAACCCUGGGCCAGCCGCAGCGCACCUAUCUAGUGCGGGACGGGGCAUGGACCAUGUGCAACGGUAUGGUGCAAUACCCGACCACUGUGCAGGCUCCCACCGCCAACCUCUUCACUGAACUGUUCGCUUCACCACGCUGCAUCGGACAGGAGAUGAUGUCAAAGCAAGAUCCGUGUGCGUUCAACUCGGUCAUAAAGUAUGAGACGAUACCUGAACGUCGGAAGUUGGACUACACGGAGGAAGACAUCUUCUGCCUACGACCUGCCUUCAAUAAGUCCUUGGAACGCUUUCUGAGCGUCCCCAAACGCAUCAUCAAGGACACUUGCAAAGAUGGCCUAGUAAGGAGUCUAGCCGAUAACACUCAGCAAUGUGGAGUGAGAAUGUUGUCAGAGUACACGUUCUACCCUCAAAGGAGCGCGGCGGCCGCGACAUUGCCCCUAGAGUACUGCACAGAGAAGGACGGCUCCUGUAAACUCAUCGUCGCCUGGCAUGUCACCAAUGUCACGGUGGAAAACUUCGAAUUCCUCAGAAACGAACUCGCUUUCAAGAAAUACUUCAUACAGUCAGGCGGACCCUACAUCGACCAAGCCCUCUAGUUUGUUGCGUCGUAGUUAAUUAAUUCAUGUUUUUAUUUUAUAAAAUAAAUUCUA